AUGGCGGAGACGCCGCACAAGGUGUUGGCUCUCGAUGUAUACAGCAACAAGAUCAAGCACCUUCUUGAGCCCACAUGUGCUCACCCUUGGUCCAAUCAUAUCCAGUUCCACCACCUCAACAUCAAGAACGACUCUCGCCUCGAAGGCCUCAUCAAGAUGUCAGAUCUGGUUAGUUCCAUUCCUCUCUCUACACAUUACCAUUUCAGAUUCUCUCAAUUUCUUCGUUCUUUUUUUGAAAUUGUUCUUGAAUUUUUGUCCUUAAACACCAAAUUGCCAAAUGGGUUUGAUUUAUCUGAGCUUGAAUUGAAAAGGGUUUGCCCAUUUGAUUUUCUUUUCACAGCGAACCCAAAUGGGUUUGAGGUGUAG